GCUGUGCGGGCAGGGCGCGCCCCGCCGCCGCUGGGCCGGGCCGGGCAGCGCGGCAGCGGCCCCGCUGCCAACGCGGAGCAGCGCGGGCGAGGCGGCGGGAAUGGCUCCGGCGGCCACCGGCGGGGUCCCGCCGACUGCGCCAUCGCUGGUCCCGGUGACUCACUGGCCACGCAACAGCUCCGCUCUCGAUCAAGAGGUUCCGUGGGUUUUGUCAAGCCAUGGCUUACAGACAACUACUUUGACAACUAAAGUGGAUGGCAAUGAUGGCAAGGCUGAACACCUAGAGUAUAUUGCCUUUGCUUUGGUUCCUGUUUUCUUCAUCAUGGGUCUCUUGGGGAUUCUUAUCUGCCAUAUCCUUAAGAAAAAAGGAUAUCGUUGUACAACAGAAGCUGAAGAAGUAGAAGAAGAAAAAAUUGAUGAAAAAAUAGAAAUGAAUGAAACUAUACAUGAGAAUAGUGACACUGUGGGACAAAUUGUUAACUACAUCAUGAAAAAUGAAGCAAAUGCUGAUGUGUUAAAGGCAAUGGUAGCAGAUAGCAGUGUCUUUGAACCUGAAAGCCCAUUAUCUCCUACCUCUCCUGAGAGUCCCGUGAGUCUGGGGACUCCUUUGUCGCCAGGCGUUGUUCCCUUCAGACACAGCUGCAAAGCCCAUCACUUCCACACUGUCGGAGGAGUGGUGGAAAAGGAUGUUUGUACUCGCUGCAGUCACAAACGAUGGCACCUCAUAAAGCCAGCUCAGAAAUCUAAAGAGAACAGAAGAAGUCGUAUCGGAGAAGUUACAGUCCUUUCUGUGGGAAGAUUUCGAGUCACAAAAGUGGAUCACAAAUCAAACUCCAAAGAACGGAAAAGCUUGAUGUCUGUUACUGGUGUGGAGAGUGUGAAUGGUGAGAUGCCUGCCACGCCUGUGAAACAGGAUGUCAGUGAGGCACCUGCCACACCUGUGAAACAGGAAAUGCAGGAGAGGAGAAGCUCAGAGUAAAUGCAGGUGGAACUUUCAGAAGACGAUUGUCUGCAAGCACUUUGGAGAAAACUGAAAAUUCCCAAGAGAUGCAUACUAUUUAAGGAAAUGUAUUUAUGGCAGUGUAGCAUUUUACAAGUUCUGUGAUGUCAUUCCUGCAAGGUUAAACACUUAAUGGUUUUUGAACAGUAAAAUAGUAACAUUUAGACACUUAAAUACUGUUGAUCUGUGGGGACAUCAUAAGGAAUGGCUUCAUCUUGAAAAGAAAACAUUCGUACAAGUUUUUGGACAGGAAAGAUAAAAGCUUUAUCAAGUCUUAAACUCUUUUUGUACUUAGACAAGCAUUUAUGAGCUCAAUAUUAAGAGUAAUACAAUUACCUCGUGGAUAAACUGCAUUCACCCCAGUGGCUCAUCUGGAUUUUUCUUCUCCUGUUCUGCCCACUUCAGAAUUGACAAGUGUUUGAUGAAGAUAAAAGCCAGCCUUUGAAAGUUGAAAAUAUUCUUUUAAUCUAACUGCUUGUAGCCAAGUAAAACAUACAGGGAAAUAAUUGUGCCAGCCAAAUCUGCAUGUGUGCCUUUAUUACAUAAGCCCUCAAACUCUGUGCAGGGUACCUCACAGUAAAGACUGGUUCAGUUUUAUGUGGAUGUUAAAUUAAAUUGUUGUUCCCCAGACCCAUACCCCUCCCUUAACUACUUAACAUAGGCUGAAGAACAUCUUUUCCUAUGCAGUUGGAUGAGUUCUUGGUGAGGUCACUUUCCUCAAGGCCUUGUGUUCUCCUGUUUUCUUGUAACUUCUCACUCAUAUUUCAACUCUUAGAUAAGGAUAUGGAAUAUUGGGUAUUAAAAAUUUUAUGGAAUAUAUACUAAAGUGCUUCAGAAUGUCUUUAUUGGACUAAGGGUAGUUGUAUUCAUUGGCACCAAAAUCUUAAGUGCUACUCUAUCACCGUGGAGGCCCAACCAGGAAAACAGACUGGGGACACAGAUCUGGGUGCAACAACAGCAGCAGGGCAGAAGACCUGCCCUUAGUUUAUUUUUCCAUUUUAUAUCUGUGUCAAGGUGACCAUGGAUUGGAGAAGGGUAUCGCCACCUCUCCUGUCACAUUGGUCCAGGAGGCUGUCAUUCAGCCUCCCCUUCUCUUGGAGAAAGUAUUCAUAACAUUGCCAAUAUUUACAAAACAUGGUCCUGUGUUUACAAUUCACCAGCGUGAGAAACUGCACGUUUCUCCUUUAAUAUGAACGCUCAGCAAACCAGGAAAAUUCAUGGCAACACUACUCCAUUCAUAUUUUAAGUGUGACUUAAUGCUAAAAUUACCAUGGUAUUGUGAUGUUAAUUCUCUGUAUCUAUUUAUGAUCUCAGCUUUGUCCUUUUAUUUGUUUUGGGGAGGCAAAUCUCUGUAACACUUCAGCAAGCUUUUCUGUGUAAUAGAAAAUCAUAUAGUUUGAGUGCCUAAGAAUAUAAGCUGUAAUGUAAGGCAUUUUAGUAGAGAUCGUACUAUAUUCUGAGAACUAAAAACUAAUCUGCUUUGUGAACUCAGUGAAAAUCAGUGUACGUUUUUGAAAUGCAUUUAUUUUAAAUUGAUACCUUCAAUUUUUUAAAUACAAAUGCUCUAAAUUGUGUUUCUCCUUCAUAUCUGAGAAUUGUGUUUCUUCAUUGAUUCAUGUAUGCAGUGUUAACAGUCAGUGUGUACAAAAUUACUCUUCCUGCUUGUGUAUUAGUUACUCUCAUGUCUUGUCAGGAAACAUCAAGUUUUUUCACUUUUGCUGCAAGUAUGUGUUGUUGGUGGUCUUCCUUCUAUGUGUAUCCACAAGAUACUGACUGCUCCUAUGAUUAUGUACUUUUCAGUGAUGCUAGAGCUGCCAAAAAAACUCUACCACUACCCACCCAAACUUUGAAAAUAAUAACUGUUUUAUUGUUCUUUUUAAAAUUGAUAUUUUUAGAGAUAAUUGUCUGUCCUUGAGUAUCCAAAAUAACUGUUUGGCCAGGACUCUAACUUCAGUGUUUAGCCCUGCUUCCUGCACCCAUAAAUUUAAAAUCAGCUCAUGAAAUCUCUUCAAUAUUUAAGUACAGCAUAAACACAAAGCACAUCUUACAGGCAUAUAUUAAGCUUCACAUGAUUAUUUGUGUGAAGAAUAUUUCUAGAAUAUUUAAUUAGUAUUGGUUGUAGUAAUAAGCUUUCAGUUUCCAAGAGCUUGAUAUCUAUGAGUAUAAAAUGUUACUGGAAAAAGGGAGCAUUGGAGAAAACAGCAGUUUUCAAAUAGUUUUCAGAAAGAAGAUACACAGUUACUGACUGUUCCCAAAGCUUCUCCUAAAAAAAGGGCAGUUUGUCUUGGUAUUGCAUCUUGAUACAUGAUGGGUUAGUACUGCGAAUAAAUGGCAAAAGGAUGGAAGAAAGUAUAAACAGUAAUAUGUAUUUUUUUACUUAUUUUAAAAAUACUUUGUAUUUCGAUUCCAUUGAAAAUGUGUAGAAUAAAAGGGAUGGAAAGAUGUUGGAUACGUAAAACAUUGUUUACCUGUAUAAAGUAAUUAUGUAAGGUAUUAUAAGACCUGAUAUGUGCAAGAAUUGAAUUUGUGUGUUGCUACCUAAGUAAGAGAGGAUUUAGAAACUGUGCCUAUUUUAUUGCCUUUAACAUUUUAACACUACACUGCUGUUUUGUAAGGGUAUGGAUUUUGCCAUAUUAGUCUGCUUUUCUUAAAUUUGAUUAAAUGUAUUUUUAACAAAAUAGUUUAUAUACAACUUUUAUACUACCAAGCAGUAAAUAAAAAAUAUUGAUUCUUAA